GACAGCGUACUCACAUACACGCGCGCGCACGCGCGCACUCAGACUCACGGACCCAGUGUGAGAAAGCAGAGAGAGAGAGUGUGUGUGUGAGUGUGUGAGAGAGAGAAUGGGGUGCGCGACGCGAUCGGAUUAACGGACACUUAGACAAAACGUCACCUGGAAAAGUGUUGAUAAAGUUUAUAUUGUAACUCCGAGCGGGACAUGGAGCUCGUGCUGCUUUUGUUACUUGUGCACGCGACCGUGGGAGCCGCCGGGAGUGAGUACGGAACCGUGCAAAUGGGACACGCCGAAAAAGGUGGUUGCUCAUUCGAUGACGGUCCCGCGCAGUGUGAUUACCAACAGGAUCCAUACGAUGAUUUUGAUUGGACGCAUGUCAGUGCUCAGGAAGUUCCCUACCUCUCCCCUGAACUGCCUCAAGGGUCGUAUAUGAUGGUGGACUCGUCCCAGCAUGACCCGGGUGAGAGAGCACGUCUUCAGCUCCCCGUGAUGAAGGAGAACGACACGCACUGCAUCGACUUUAACUACCUGCUGUACGGCACCGAUGGCUCCAGUCCUGGAACACUGAAUGUCCUGGUCAAGGUGAAUAAAGGCCCGGUGGCCAACCCCAUCUGGAACAUCAGCACACACACUGGGAACACGUGGAGGAAGGCGGAGCUCGCCGUCAGCACCUUCUGGCCCAAUGAGUACCAGGUAAUCUUUGAGGCCGAGGUCACUAACGGAAGACGAGGUUUCAUUGCGAUUGAUGACGUACAGGUUCUUAGUUAUCCGUGUGAUAAAUCACCCCAUUUCCUGCGUCUUGGUGACGUGGAGGUAAAUGCAGGACAGAACGCCACCUUCCAGUGCAUCGCCACCGUACGGGACGCUGUGAAUAACAAACUCUGGCUCCAGAGGCGUAACGGAGAGGACAUUCCCGUGGCAGAGAAGAAGAACAUAAAUCACAGGAAGUUUGCGGCGUCGUUCCGGCUCAGUGAGGUGACGAGUCAGGAUCAGGAGCUGUACCGCUGCGUCACCCAAUCAGAGCGCGGCUCCGGGGUCAGCAACUUCGCCAGCCUCAUCGUCAGAGAACCUCCAAGGCCUAUAGCUCCGCCCCAGCUGCUGGGCGUCGGCCCGACGUACCUGCUGAUCCAACUGAACGCUAACUCUAUCUUUGGCGACGGGCCGAUCAUCCUGAAGGAGGUGGAGUAUCGCAUGACGUCGGGAUCGUGGACCGAGACACACGCUGUUAACUCGCCGCAUUACAAACUGUGGCACCUCGACCCCGACACAGAGUACGAGAUCCGUGUCCUGCUGACACGCCCCGGAGAGGGCGGGACUGGAAAACCUGGCCCUGCCCUCAUCACUCGUACCAAAUGUGCAGAGCCCAUGCGUACUCCGAAGUCUCUGAAGAUUGCAGAGACCGGAUCUCGCUCCAUCUCCGUGGACUGGGAGUCUUUGGGCUACAACAUCACACGCUGCCACACCUUUAACGUCACUAUUUGCUUCCACUAUAUCACCCGGGGCAACCGCAGCCUUGGUGAUCGCGUGCAGCAAGGUGACCGAAACCACGGCGACUGCCUGGAGAUGGACCCGAAAGCCCCACGCCAUGUGGUACCUGACCUGCCACCCAACACCAACAUCAGCCUGAAAAUGAUCCUCACAAACCCAGAAGGGCGCAAAGAAAGUGAAGAGACAGUUGUCCAGACACAGGAGGACGUACCUGGACCUGUUCCCAGUGCCUCUCUAAAAGCCAUUCCGUUUGAGGAUCGAAUCUUACUGCAAUGGAAGGAGCCACUUGAGCCCAAUGGAGUCAUUACACAGUAUGAGAUCAGCUACAGCAGUGUGUCCUCGUUUGACCCAUCUGUGCCGUUGCUCCGCCCCCCUCUGAUGGUGUCGUUGCCAUUUAAUGCGUCCAGUCACGUGUUCUUGCAGCUCCACCCAGGAACCACCUACCACUUCACCAUCCGAGCACGUACCAGCAAGGGCUUUGGUCCAGCCACCACCAUCAACAUCACCACCAACAUUUCUGCUCCGAUUCUGGAGGAGUACGAUGGCACUGAGGCCUUCCUCAACGACACGGCGACCACCAUCACUGUGCUGCUCAAACCUGCACAGGCUAAAGGAGCUCCCAUCAGUUCCUACCAGAUCGUGGUGGAGGAGCAGAACUCCCAUCGAUCACGCAGAGAUGCUGGAAUCUUGGAGUGUUUUCAGGUUCCUGUGUCCUUCCAGACGGCCUCCAGCACCGGAUCUCCGUACUACUUUGCAGCGGAGCUUCCUCCUGGCAAUCUGCCAGAACCUUCUCCUUUCACAGUGGGAGACAACAAGACGUACCGGGGCUACUGGAACGCUCCGCUCGCUCCACGCAAGAACUACAACAUCUACUUUCAAGCUGUGAGCAGUGUGGAGAAGGAAACAAAGACGCAGUGCCUGAGAUUGGCAACUAAAGGAGCUACAGAGGAGCCAGAAGUGAUUCCUGAUCCGGCCAAACAGACGGACCGCGUGGUGAUCGCUGGGGUCAGUGCAGCAGUGCUCGUCUUCAUCCUGCUGCUGCUUGUGGCCAUUUUACUGGUGAAGAAAAGGAGGACCUACUAUUCUUACUCAUAUUACCUGAAACUGGCUAAGAAGCGCAAGGACACGGCUGGAAACGCGCGGCAGGAGAUGACGCACAUGGUGAACGCCAUGGACCGGAGCUACGCCGAGCAGAACACGCUGCACACAGAGGAACCCGUGACCGUCACCUUCAUGGACUCACACAGCUUCAACAACCGAUUGCCCAACGAUCCACUUGUGCCCACAGCUGUGCUCGACGAGAACCAUGCAGCAGCAGAAAACAGCAGGUUGUUGGAUGUUCCUCGAUUCCACUGUGAAGGAACGGAGUCUCCGUAUCAGACAGGACAACUUCACCCAGCCAUCCGAGUGGCAGAUUUACUGCAGCACAUUAACCUGAUGAAGACGUCUGAUAGCUACGGCUUUAAGGAGGAGUACGAGAGUUUCUUUGAGGGUCAGUCGGCUUCAUGGGACGUGGCCAAGAAAGAGCAGAACCGGACAAAAAAUCGCUACGGCAACAUCAUUGCAUACGAUCAUUCUCGAGUGAUCCUGCAGCCGGUGGAAGACGACCCCUCAUCUGACUACAUCAACGCCAACUACAUAGACGGCUACCAGAGGCCGAGUCACUACAUCGCAACACAAGGUCCUGUUCACGAGACUGUGUAUGAUUUCUGGAGGAUGAUCUGGCAGGAGCAGUCGGCGUGUAUCGUCAUGGUAACCAACCUGGUGGAGGUGGGACGGGUGAAGUGUUAUAAGUACUGGCCCGACGACGCGGAAGUGUACGGAGACUUUAAGGUGACGUUCGUGGAGGUGGAGCCGCUGGCGGAGUACGUAGUGCGCACCUUCACUCUGGAGAGGAGGGGUUUUAAUGAGGUACGUGAGGUGAAGCAGUUCCACUUCACCGGAUGGCCAGAUCACGGAGUCCCAUAUCACGCUACAGGACUGUUGUCCUUCAUCCGCCGCGUCAAAAUGUCCAACCCUCCGACUGCAGGACCCAUCGUAGUGCACUGCAGUGCGGGGGCGGGCCGUACAGGAUGUUACAUUGUGAUUGACAUCAUGUUGGACAUGGCGGAGCGCGAAGGCGUGGUGGACAUUUACAACUGUGUGAAAGCUCUCCGGUCACGACGCAUCAACAUGGUGCAGACCGAGGAGCAGUACAUCUUCAUCCAUGACGCCAUCUUGGAGGCGUGUCUGUGUGGUGACACUGCAAUCCCAGUGUGUGAGUUUAAAGCUGCGUAUUACGACAUGAUCCGCAUCGACUCACAGAGUAACUCCUCCCACCUUAAAGACGAGUUCCAGACGUUGAACUCAGUGACCCCUCAGCCCCAGCCUGAGGACUGCAGCAUUGCUCUCCUGCCACGGAACCACGAGAAGAACCGUUUCAUGUCCAACCUGCCACCUGACCGCUGUCUGCCCUUCCUCAUCACCAUCGACGGGGAGAGCAGCAACUACAUCAAUGCUGCACUCAUGGACAGCUACAGACAGCCUGCAGCUUUCAUCGUCACACAGCACCCUCUGCCCAACACGGUAAAGGAUUUCUGGAGGUUGGUGUAUGAUUACGGCUGCACCUCCAUCGUCAUGCUGAACGAGAUCGACCUGGCGCAGGGCUGUCCUCAGUACUGGCCUGAAGAGGGGAUGCUGCGUUACGGCCCUGUGCAGGUGGAGAGAGUUUCCUGUUCUAUGGACUGUGACGUCAUCAGUCGCCUCUUCAGGAUCUGUAACCUGACCAGACCACAGGAGGGCUACCUUAUGGUCCGUCAUUUCCAGUACCUCGGGUGGGCGGGGCUUAGAGAAGUCCCUGCCUCCAAACGCUCGUUCCUGAAGCUGAUCCUGCAGGUGGACAAAUGGCAGGAGGAGUGUGAGGAGGGGGAGGGACGGACGGUCGUACACUGCCUGAAUGGCGGUGGUCGCAGUGGUGUUUUCUCAGCGAUCUCCAUCGUGUGUGAGAUGAUUAAGAGGCAGAAUGUCGUGGACGUGUUUCAUGCUGUAAAGAGUCUGAGGAACAGUAAACCCAAUAUGGUGGACACACCGGAACAGUACCGCUUCUGUUACGACGUGGCGUUGGAGUACAUCGAAAACUCAUAAUGGAGACGUGAAGAAGGAGCCGUCCGUCUGUCCAUCACACCUCCUCUCACGCUCAUCUUUAUUCCUCAUCAGAAAUGUCCCUCCUGCUCGUCUCACGUGGAGAUGAGGAACAUCUGCGGACACAAACGUGUUCCAUUCUGUUUAAUAAAAGUGUUUGCGAGCUAGCUUAAAAAAAAAAAGUGAAACUGUGGUGAAAAUGUUCACGCUUAUUUUUUUAAACGUACUUUUUUUUUGUAAACACGAAGGCCGAUCUGUUGCAUGCCAAACAUCUGGUUUCAUUUCUCUCGUUGAUGUCAGUGUUCCUGUGGAUUGUAUAUGAUUCUGUACACGUACACGAUUCCCACCGGUGUGGUGUGUAAAACGCCACGUUUGCGUCUCCCUGCAGCGUGACGUCGGCUCUGUGUUGUGCACUAAUGGCUGGCUUAUGGUUCAUCACCACCUUUAUUGGGUUUGUUUUUGUAGCAGAAUUCUAAUCGUAAGCCAAAGACGAGUGUAAAUAUGUCUAUAAAGCACAUUGUUUGUAUUUAUUUUAUUUUUUUUCCUCGAAGGCUCAAAACAAUCAUCAUCAUCCUCAUCUUCAUCCCUGCUUGUUUACCCUGUAAACAUUUUGUUGUGAAUCUUUUGAGUUUGUUAUUUCAGUAGUUUUGUAGACGUCUGACGAUAAAUCAGCCGACUGACACGGUGUCGUUUAGAUAAACAGUAAUAAUACACUGCAUCGCUGCAACUCUGGAUUUUAUUCAUUUUGCGUUUUGAAAUUUUAAUUUGGGAUUUAAUUAUUUCAUUUAAUUAAACUUCAUAUUAAAAUAUUCAGAAAAUGUAAAUGUUUAACUUUAAAAAAAAAUUAUUUGCUGCUUGGGCCAAAAAAAACCCAUUUUGUUCAUUUUUUCUGCUGCUGAUGGAAGUUUAUUGUUGUUGUUGUUAUUAAUAAUAAUUAUUAUUAAUAACAACAACAAUAAUAAUAAUAAUAAGUCAUUGUAGUCAGGAAAAUGAUUUAUCUUCACAUGUCUCAUGUUAGUUCAUUUUGUAAAAUAAAAUUGUAAUUUGUUUCUUUACUUUUAAAAAUGUUGACCUGCAUUUUGUCUGUGUGUGUGUCUGCCUGUGUGUGUCUGUGUGUGUGUCUGUCUGUGUUUCUGUGUGUGUGUCUGUGUGUCUGUGUGUGUGUGUCUGUCUGUGUGUGUCUGUCUGUCUGUGUGUGUGUGUGUGUGUGUCUGUGUGUGUGUCUGUGUGUGUGUGUCUGCCUGUGUGUGUCUGUGUGUGUGUCUGUCUGUGUGUCUGUGUGUGUGUCUGUGUGUGUGUGUCUGUCUGUGUGUGUCUGUCUGUGUGUGUGUGUGUGUGUGUGUGUCUGUGUGUGUGUGUGUCUGUGUGUGUGUGUGUCUGUGUGUGUGUGGACAUAUUUGUUUGAUUGUGGACUGAAUCUUUCACUACAGUGAUGUUGUGAGAAUCUCAGAGAAAAGAGCUUCGUUUAUUUUAAAGACUUUUACGGAGAACUCAACACUAAAGUCCGAGUGUUUAGAGCAAAAGAUCCAGUGUUUAACUCCAGCUUGUGUAAAGGAAGGAAAUCACAACCAGAGGUCGUCAUGUUGGACUUUUACAUGGCGAGUGAACAUGAAAAGAAAAAACAAAACAACACAAAAUCACCCCAUCAUCAGUCACCGCCAUCUUUAUUCUGUCUGUAGUUAUUGGCUUAAUGGCUGUAAUGAAACUAGUGAAAAUCCUUUUAAUAAAAAAAGAUCAUGUGCAAAAA